UCACUCACUCCACCCAAAGCCCAAGAAAAUCAAGCCUUCUUCUCUCACAAUUUCCUUUGAGUGUUGAUAGACGAAGUUGAAGCACGCUUUUUGCACUCUCUCUGCAUUUGGGCACUCUGUUUUUUCCCUUUUCCAGUUUAUCCCAUUUGUUUUGUAUUGCAAAUUUCUUCUGUCAAAUCAAUAAUGGCGACAUUCCGGUUACUGUAUUGGAUCUUCUUCAUUGGGUUUCUGUUCAAAAUCGGUUCUUGCGCCGACCCCUUUGCUAACUUCGAAUUGGAUUUCUCUUACAUCACUGCUUCUCCAUUAGGUGUCCCUCAACAGGUAAUAGCUGUCAAUGGGAAAUUCCCAGGCCCUGUGAUCAACGUUACAACGAAUUACAAUGUGGUGGUAAAUGUUAAGAACAAGUUAGAUGAGAAUCUCCUAGUCACAUGGUCCGGGAUCCAGAUGCGCCGUGCUUCAUGGCAGGACGGGGUUCUUGGCACAAAUUGCCCCAUCCCGCCGAAGUGGAACUGGACCUACCAGUUCCAGGUGAAGGAUCAGAUUGGUAGCUUCUUUUACUUCCCAUCACUUAACAUGCAGAGGGCGUCUGGUGGAUUCGGCUCUUUGGUUAUCAUGAACCGCAAUAUCAUUCCUAUUCCUUUCAACACCCCUGAUGGUGAUAUAGUUAUCAUGAUUGGUGAUUGGUACACACAAAACCACACGGCUCUAAGGAAAGCCCUUGACAGUGGAAAAGAAUUAGGAAUGCCUGAUGGAGUUUUGAUCAAUGGAAAAGGACCAUACAGAUACAAUACAUCUCUUGUUCCUGAUGGAAUCGUGCACGAGACUAUUAAUGUUGAUCCUGGUAAAACGUAUCGUAUUAGGGUCCACAAUGUUGGGGUGUCAACUAGCCUGAAUUUUCGUAUUCAGAACCAUAAUCUGCUUCUGGCAGAAACCGAGGGUUAUUACACGACUCAGCAGAACUACACCAGUUUGGAUAUCCACGUUGGGCAGUCUUACUCUUUCCUCGUUACCAUGGAUCAGAAUGCAAGCAGCGAUUACUAUAUUGUUGCCAGUGCAAGAUUUGUGAAUGAGUCACUCUGGCAGAGAGUUACCGGUGUCGCUGUUUUGCAUUAUUCAAACUCGAAAGGAAAGGCUUCUGGUCCACUCCCAGACUCUCCGAAUGACUUUUAUGACAAAUCAUAUUCACUCAACCAGGCGCUGUCCAUCAGGCAAAACGUGAGUGCUAGUGGAGCUCGUCCUAACCCACAGGGUUCUUUUCGCUAUGGUUCAAUCAAUGUUACCGAUGUGUAUAUUCUCAAGAGUUUUCCACCAGUAACAAUUAAUGGGAAGCUACGAGCAACAUACAACGGGAUAUCAUUUGUCAACCCUGACACCCCGAUACGCCUCGCUGAUGUGUACAAGGUGAAAGGCGACUAUAAGCUAGAUUUCCCCAGCAAACCACUGGAUAGGCCCGCAAUUGUGGACAGAUCUCUCAUCAACGCUACAUACAAGGGAUUCAUAGAAAUCAUACUCCAGAAUAACGACACAGUUGUACAGACAUUUCACGUGGAUGGAUAUUCAUUCUUUGUCGUUGGGAUGGGCUAUGGUGAUUGGACGGAAAACAACAGGGGCUCGUACAACAGAUGGGAUGCGAUAUCUCGCUCCACUGUCCAGGUUUUCGCUGGAGGAUGGACUGCUGUCUAUGUGUCGCUCGACAAUGUUGGUGCAUGGAACCUUAGGACUGACAACCUCGAUAGGUGGUAUCUUGGGCAAGAGACCUACAUGAGAAUCAUCAACCCCGAAGAUUCCAGCAACAAAACAGAACUGCCUGUCCCCGACAACGCUCUCUUCUGUGGUGCCCUCAGCCAUAUGCAAAAGCCUCAGAAAGCUUCCUCAGCAACAGCACUGCACAUACGCUUGCUCUAUAUGAUGCUAGUGAUCGUUCCGACACUUAUUUUCCUUUCGCACUAAACUUUUGCUGACGAUGAAAUAUAUGAUCAACCAACAUUUAUCAAAUUUGGAAAAGGGCUGGGGAGAAAUGAUUCGAUCCUCUUAUCUUGAUUUCUCAAACCAACGAGACGGCGUGGUGUGUCAAAAUGUUGUUGGAGUUAUGGACAUGAUUGUUUUUUUGUUCAUUGAUCAUGUAAGAUUAUUAGUACUCUUCUCAAUUUGUCCAAAGCAUUAGUCCUCAUUAAUUCUAGGUGAUUUUUACAUUGUUGAAGAUGUACCAUUCUUAUGCUCCCUCCCUGCAAAUCUAAUUUUGUUUCUUUGAAAAUUUCUUUA